UGUGCGCUCACGUGACCUCCGUGCGCCUGGUAACAGCGAAAGCGUCUCUCGUGGAGAAGAUGAACUCGAGGAGUCGCGGAAGAUUUACCGAAACGGAUCACGAUGCGCGAUAAAUCCUUAGUUCACGUACUUUCAACAAGCUCCGCCAUAACACGCACACAUGCGAGCCCUUCACAGUCACACUGACAGCGAUAUCCGGCUAAGCGUCUUAAGGCUUGGGACGAUUUAUUGCAGGUGAUGGAGAUAUUGGUUUGGCCAAAUAUUGCCAUAUUGCAUCUUACUUGUUACCUAAGGCGAUGAGGCACUAAUGCACUUAAUAGGAUUCAGGUCGCCCUCCCUGUCUUCCUGGAGCUCUCACAAGCAAGCUGUGUCCAUACAUAACUGAACCCGAUACAUAACUGAUUACCAGCUUAUGCUAGAGACACACAACAUCAGCAUCUGUUCUUGGCAGAUCCCAAAAGAGUUUGAAGAUGGCCUGUGCUGUGGAGAGAUGAGUGAGACCUCCUGAUAUCAGGUGAUUAGACGCGCGUACAGGCAUGGGGAAACUACAGAGCAAGUUUCGGCGGCGCUCGGACCUUUACAAGGCCAAAGAGGGGGCGGAGCUUGCACCUGUGCACCAGGUAGUGCAGUAUGAAGCCGCUCACACGGAUGCCGUCAACUGUGUCGUCAGCCUGACCUCUGACCUGUGUGUGUCAGGAGGGCAUGACCAGGCUGUUGUUGUCUGUGACUGGAGAGCUGGAAAACAGUGCAAAUCAUUCCAGGGCCACAGCAGAGAGAUUACAAAGCGCUAUAUUAAUGUUUUUGAUUUGUGUGUUGGUGUGUGUCUCAGGGUGUGGGAUAGCCGUACCUGGCAGGUCACUAACACAUUUCCGGCAAAGCAGUAUAUCCAGACACACUGUGACAUCAGCUCCAACUGUUACCACCUGCUGUCGUCCAGCAAUGGCUUUGGUGGUCAGGGUUGUGAAGCCACGCUGUGGGACCUCAGGCAGCCCGGCUGUAAGGUGGCUGAAUACAGAGGACACCUGCAGACCACGGCAUGCUGCGUGUUUGUGCCUCCCCGUCCCGGAUGUCCUGCCCUCGUGGCGUCAUCGUCGUAUGACAGCUCAGUAAAAAUAUGGGAUCAGAACACUGCAGCAUGUUUGUACACGUUAACGCUGGACGGUUCAGGGCCUUUGGUGUCUCUGGCUCCGUGUGACUCCAGCAGUCUCCUGUGUGCCAGUUUUAACACAGGACUGCAUCAGCUGCAUCUAGAUCAGGGAGCAGUGCCCAGCCUCACUGAAGUGGCUCGCUUCUGACGUCCAUCUGGACUGCCUGGAAAAUCAAACUGAUGAGUUCAAAUGAACAAAUUUAAUAACUGGAACUCCUGGAAAUGAGAAUGCACACUGCAUUUCCAAAGUACUGUAUGUGGACACCUUAUAUACUUAUUAAAGAGAUAGGUCAUCCAAAAAUGACAAUUUGCUGAAAAUGUACUCACCUAAAGCCAUCCAAGAUGUAAAUGAGUU